UCCACUUUCAUAGUUACUAAUUAAAUGUUCCAUUUUACUCUUUUAUAAAUAGUGUAGCAAUGAAAACUCUCCAUUUCCAAGCAAACCUCUAAGAAAUUAACCCUAAUAUUUGUCAGUCUUUUUUCUUGCUCUUUGUUUCUCCUUCAUCUCUUCUAGCAUCAAAUUAUCAACCAUCGGAUCGAUGUUCAAGUUCAAUUGAACUUAGAUCCGAUGGUAUACUAGAGUACUUUUAUUUACCCUUAUUUUUCAUUAAGUUCCCAGAUACCUGAAUUUCAAAUAUAGCUCGUAACAAUCUAUCUUCUAGCUACUAAGCUUUUAAACUGCACUGCUAGUAGAACUGAAAGCUUAUUGCAACCAAUAUAAAUAGCAAUUGAGAGUCAGACAGUCUGAUUCCACUUAGUGGUAAAUUCAACCAAACAAAGAAAGGAACCCUAGUUUUUGAAAAACUACCCCUACCGCCUUUUUUUUAAUCGAAUUUCAUCGUACUACAACUCUCGUUGUUAUCCCAAGGGCAUAAGGCGAAUCUUUCACGACCUAAUUAUCAAGAAAUGGACAAAGUACAACGUAUGGCGUCAGAGCACGGGGUAGUGAUCUUCAGCAAGAGUACAUGUUGUUUAUGUUACGCGGUUACUAUACUAUUUCGAGAUCUUGGUGUUGAUCCAUAUGUUCAUGAACUUGAUCAUGAUUCUGAGGGAAAAGAUAUGGAGAAAGCUCUUAUGAGAAUGGGUUGUAAUGCCUCAGUUCCAGCAGUUUUCAUAGGGGGAAAAUUAGUAGGAUCUACUAAUGAAGUUAUGUCUCUUCACCUAAAAGGCUCCCUAAUUCAACUUCUCAAGCCUUAUCUUCCUGAUUAAAACAAUUAAAUUGAGAGUUGAAGAGUGAAAAUAUAUAAUCUCCCUUUAAGGGAAUUAAGAAAAGAAAGUCUAUGGGUAGUAUGAAUUAGGAAGAAUAUUAAGAAAUAGAUUAAGGAAAUUAGCAAGAAACAAAUAAAAGUUCUUGGCAAGAUCGACAGACACUAGUCAUGUAGAUCAUGGUCAUUAUAGUAUAUCAAUGUUGUAAUAGCUAGUAGUUGUUAUUAUAUGUACUUUGUGAGAUAUUAAUUGAUCCUAAUUAGUCAUUUGAUUA